AUCACCACUUUCUUCGUUAAUCGUUACAUUUAGCUGGCCCUCUGUAUGUAGCAUUUGCUUCCCCGCUAAGAAGGCAUGGACCUGGACAUCAUGGCGAUGCCCACCACGCCCAAAGCCACCACCAGCAGCCCCGCCGCGUACUACGUCGCCAAGCCUCCUCCUCCUCCUCCUCUGGGCUACGCGGUUCACAACAAGGCGGCGGCGGCGGCCUACGAUUCCUACGACGGCCGACACGGCGGCAUGGUCGCCACCACCACCACCACCCGGUCGUCCUCCUCGGCGGCGCGCCACCACCACCACCACCACCACCACCAGCAGCCGGCGGGAGCGCGGGCGCUGGACGGGGUCCUGCUGCUGCUGCGCGCGGCCGCGUCGGUCAUGGCGUUCGUGGCCGUCGCGCUCGUCGCGUCCUGCCGCCACGGCGACUGGAUGGAGUUCGCGCGCUACCCGGAGUACCGGGGCCUCCUGGGGGCCUCCGCGCUCGCCUGCGCCUACUCCGCCGCGCAGGCCACCCGUGGCUUCCGCCGGAUGCGCGCCUCCGGGAGAGCGGGUGGCGGCCUCGCGGAUUUCGCCGGCGACCAGGUGGUGGCGUACCUGCUCAUCACGGCGUCGGCGGCGGCUCUCCCCAUCACCCUCCGCAUGAGAUCCGCCGUACUCAACGUCUUCACGGACGCCAUGACGGCCGCCAUCAGCCUGGCUUUCAUAGCCUUUGCGGCGCUCGCCUUGUCCGCCGUGCUCUCCGCCGCCGCGCAACCAUACUAGUAGCAGUUCGCAGUACACGGCCACAUCCUCACACUCAUUAUACUGCUGGUUACAACGUGAGUGAUGCAUCGUAUAAACAACCACAAUACCUAAUGCAGUCAUGUAAACCACUUUUUUUUCAAUAUAAUACUAGCCCGCAACAAUUUUCCCCAA